AUGUCAGUCCUCACGAUUCCCGACGCCGGCCUCCUCCUAGAGAGCUCGGCAACCUCGAACGAAUACCUCCCGUUGCAAGCCUUCGGCAUCACGUUGAAUGAUAGCGUGAUCGAGGACAUGAUAAAAUGUGUACAAGGGGGGCAAGAGGUUGAAUUGACCCUAGGAAAUAAUCCUAGCUUAAUCUUUGGUUCCGAGGAACAAAAAGUCAAAACAAAUCCGCAGUCAUACAGCUACGACUUGUACCUCACGAAACCAGAAGAAUCGGCAAGCAAAGCACAGCGAUUACCAAAUCCCACCAUGUCUAUUCUCAGCAAGCCACCCGCCAGUAUCCUGGCGAACAGGUCUACCAACACCAAAGCCAAAGACACUAAACGAGUCACCAAACCCAAGCCUCUACCUGCUGGAAGGUCUGCUAUGGCGGGUGCAUUAUCGAAUUCUUCCACUAGAUCACUACCGACGAGUCCUGCGCUCAAUGGAGUUUCUUCACCGAACCCAGCCUUUUCCGCCUCGCAGCAGCUACUCGAGAAGAACAAGAACCAAAGGAGUAUUCUUGUUCACGAACUAGCAUCGAGAGAUCGAACAUACGAAUAUCUCUCAGAGAUUUGGAAGGGCGCCGAUGCAGAUCUUAAGCGAACUGUGGAGAAGAUCGCCAAUUUUGAUUCCUCGACGAAAAAGUACAGUCUGCGACCGGUGUUCUGGAAAGAGCUGGACGUAUGGAACUACGAUUAUCGUAAUGAGGAGGAUCGCCGCGCAGCAAUUGACAAUGCCAUUAGGCAAUACGACAAGUCACGCAUUCCAACAUCUGCAGUCGAAUGGGAGAAAUUGCUUACUCCUUCCGAGCGGGGCAAGGGUAUCGUUUUGAGUAAGCUACAAGCAACUCUUGCGAAGGGAAACGUAACCCCAACUCCUCGGGUUGGCAUGAAGAAAGCGGACGAUGGCAACAAGAGCGAUGUCGAUAACAAGGCAAAAGGCGAAGCUAUGGCUCGAUCUAAUUCGCAACCGCUGGGAAGCAAGACGAAGAAGGUCAGCGAACGCGAAGCGCAGACGAAGCGCUUAUUCUCAAACAACCCUAAGAAACCCGCCCCGAAAAAGCCGGCCAGCAAGCCCAAGCCAACCGAAGAGAAGGGCAGGAAAUUCCUUUCGGAUGAGAAAGUGAUCGAUUCCGAAAGCAGUGGGGAUGAGCGGCCGCUAUCGAGAGCUAGUUCGAACCAAUCAUCGUUGAAGUCGUUGAAACCUAUCGAAAGGCCUAUCAAGAAACCUGCUGAGAAACCAGUGGAGAAAUCUAUUGAAAAGCCUAUCGAGAAACCCGCCGAGAGGCCUGUUGAGAAACGAACCGAGAAGCCAGUGGAGAAACCGGUGGAGAGAGUGGUAGAGAAGCCCAAGGAGAAGCCUGCCCCACCGAAAUCGAAGCCUGUGGUUCGAGCACCCCGCGCUCCCGUGAAACCCUCCGGCUUGACCUCUCAGAAACGGCCACGCGAAGACGACGAUAGCAGCUCGAGCUCAGGGGCGCCGCUUAGCAAGCGAAUCAAGCCGAGGGAGCCUCCUAAGCCGUUGUCCAACGUCACGAAUCUGAAGCACCGCCCGUCAGACGCAAGCCAGAGCUCAAGAAAUGCUCCCGUAGGAGUAACGUCUUCGACUAUCUCGAUGAGAAGCAAGAAUACGUCACCCACUAAGUCAUCGCCACUUGCUUCCUCGCCACCGACGAACGCCUCCGACCUCGAAGAUCAUCAACCGCCUCCGCGCCAGCUCAAGCCCCCGGCUCGUAACGGGGAGCGUACUACGAACGGAGCGGUAAAUGGCAGUUCUACGACCAUGAACCAAACCAAGAAGCGCAAGGAACGGGAUGCCGACCAGUAUUCUUCGCAGCAGUCUGCUCCGAACAAGAAGCCGCGCGUGCCGCCUGACGUCUUGAUAAAGGCAAAGAAGUUCACGAGAUUUUACGAGCGAUACGAGGCGUUGCACUACGAGAUUGCGGCCCUGAAGGAGCCACCGGAGGAUAAGCUGGCAGACCUGAUAGAUAUGCGAGAGCGACUUUCCGUCAUGAAGACGGAGAUAUCGCAAGCGGUGGCGUCAUACUAA